CUAUGAUAUCUUUAGUCUAUUAACGAACAAGAAGAAAAUAAAGCAGAUAACUGUUGUAACUUAUUGGGUUGAAUUAAAAGCAAAACAAAAAGACAUUUUCAAUAUUUUGUGCUUCCUGUAUUUAAAUAUUCAAUUCAUCACUAAAAGGCCAAAAAUUACUAUAUAUAUUGUAGCAUCUUACAUAUUAUAGACCAUUUUGUAAAUUGAUUUGCAUAGAAUGAAUUCUAGUGUUACUAUUGAAAGAAGGUCUGCUGGUAAACAAGAACCAAAUAUAAAAUCAUACAAUCCUCCCAAUACCAAAGCUGAUUUGUAUUAUUACAGUCGAGGAAUAAGAACAGAUGUAUCUCUUGUACCUCCCAUACGACAAACAGCAUCCAUUUUUAAACAACCUGUAACAGUGAUUAAAAACCACGACUCGAGUAAAGUUAAACAUGAUUCUAAAUACCAAGAUAAGCCAAAACAAUUAUUUUGGGAAAAAAGAUUGGAAGGGAUGCGUGCUUGCAGUGUAGCAGGAGAAGAGUUCAGUAGAAUUGAGUUGCCAAAAGGAAUGCGCGCUGUUGGACCGAACGUGUAUGAACAAACCGUAUUACAGUCGGUGGCUACUGCGUUACAUGUCUCAAAUAAGCCUAUAACUGGUCAAACUGCAAACCGACAAGUCUUGUUAACAAAUUCUGGUGUUCAUAUUAAUCCAGAUCAGCCCUUAAUGCAAGCAAUUAAUGUUUCAGAUGAUGAUAUUAGGCGUCAGGAAGACAGAGUUGUAUCCGCACGCCGGAGAUUGCAAGACGCCCUCAAGGGAUAAAGAAAUUAUGAAGAUCUAAAUUAAUUUUUGUAGGUUUUAAAUACAAAAUAAUUUUAUAUAGAUAAUUUGCUAAAAUAAAAGUAAAUGAUAAAAACCCUUAAAAAAUUGAUAGAAAAUGCUUUUG